GGAAGUCGAGAGUUGUCGAGAAGCGCGCUGCAACGCAGCCACAGAAACACAUCAUGCAGUCCGCACUCAAGCUCGCGCGACGGCCGGCGGCUGCCCUCUCGAGGCGCGGCGUGCGCAACGCGGGCAGCCUGACCAUGGACGUCCACCCGUCUGGCGUCGCGCUCAUAAAGAUCGACUGCCCGAACGCAAAGCAGAACACCAUGUCAAAGGAGCUGCUCGAGGAGUUUGAGGAGAUCACGUCGCGGAUCGAGAAGGACGCAGCGGUCAAGGCGGUCGUGCUCAUGUCCUCCAAGCCGGGCUCCUUUGUCGCGGGCGCCGACAUCAAGCAGAUUGCUGCGCUCGGCGACGCGCCUCCGGAGGUGCUCGCAGAGGCGUCCGGCAUGGGCCAGGCGGCGCUGGACAAGCUCGAGUCGAUGCAGAAGUCGAAGCCGUGGGUCGCGGCGAUCGACGGCCCCGCGCUCGGCGGCGGCCUCGAGAUUGCGCUCGCCUGCUCGCACCGCGUCGCCACCUCGUCGCCUAAGACCAUCCUUGGCCUGCCCGAGGUCAUGCUUGGGUUGCUGCCCGGGGCAGGCGGCACGCAGCGGCUGCCUCGGCUGGUCGGCGCGCAGACGGCGAUCCAGAUGAUGCUCACCGGGCAGCAGGUCAAGCCCGACAAGGCCAAGAAGAUGGGCCUCGUCGACGCGGUCGUGGACCCCAACGCGCUCGAGCGGUCGGCGAUCGCCACUGCGCUCGACGCCGCAUCCGGCAAGACGAAGCCGCGCCAGCGCAAGCUCGGCUGGAUGGACUGGUUCCUCGAGAAGACGCCGCCAGGCCGCAAGCUGCUCUUCGACCAGGCGACCAAGGCGAUGCUCAAGCAGACGAAGGGCAACUACCCGGCCCCGCCCGCGAUCCUCGAGUGUGCGAAGGCGGGCCUCGAGGCGGGGCACACGGCAGGCUCCACCGUCGAGCGGCAGCUCUUCGGCAAGCUCGCCGCGACGUCUGAGUCCGCCGCGCUGCGCGGCAUCUUCUUCGGCGCGACCGCCGCCAAGAAGAACCCGUUCGGCAAACCCGACAAGAAGGUGGAGACGAUUGGCGUCCUCGGCGCCGGGCUCAUGGGCGCGGGCAUCGCGGAGGUGUCGAUCGGCAAGAACUUGCGCGUGCUGAUGAAGGACAAGGACCAGGCGGGCCUCUCGCGCGGUGAGGACAUGAUCCUCAAGUCGCUCGGCGCCAAGCUGAAGAAGAAGCGCCUCACCACCUACACGCACGACGCGCAGGCCUCGCGGCUCGUCGGGCUCACCGACGCCUCGCCCGCGUGGAAGAAGCACUUUGCGGGCGCUGACAUGGUCAUCGAGGCGGUCUUCGAGGAGAUGUCGGUCAAGCACAAGGUGGUGCGCGAGAUGGAGGCCAUCGUCGGCCCGCACUGCAUCAUCGCGUCAAACACGUCUACCCUGCCGAUCGGCGAGAUCGCGUCGGUCGCGCAGCGGCCGGAGAACAUCGUGGGCAUGCACUACUUUUCGCCCGUGCCAAAGAUGCCGCUGCUCGAGGUCAUCACGCACGACAAGACCGCGCCCGCCGUCGCCGCUGCCGCCGUCGAGGUUGGCAUCCAGCAGGGCAAGACGGUGAUCGCGGUCAAGGACGUGCCCGGCUUCUACGUGAACCGCUGCCUCGGCCCCUUCCUCACGGAGGCGAUGGCGCUCACGCAGCAGGGCGCCGACCCGCUCGCGAUCAACUCGGCGCUGCUCGACUUUGGGAUGCCCGUCGGCGGCGUGACGCUCUGCGACGAGGUCGGGAUCGACGUGUCGCGCCACGUCGUCAACAACCUGAUCGGCGACCAGGCCAAGGGCUACCUCGGUGUGCGCAUGGAGGGCGCCGACUUGCGUAUGCUCGACCGGUUCGUCGAGGAGGGUCUGCUCGGCCGCAAGGCCGGCCGCGGCUUCUUCGACUACUCGGACCCGAAGGCCAAGAAGAAGCCGAUCAACAAGGACGCGCUCGCCAUCCUCAAGGAGUUCCGCGACCCCGCCAAGGACGCGUCGCAGCUGUCCAAGGAGCAGCUCGUCGAGAGGAUGAUGAUGCGCUUCAUCGUCGAGGCGCUCUACUGCCUGCAGGACGGCGUCAUCCGCAACGCGCGCGACGGCGACGUCGCCGCCGUGAUGGGCAUCGGCUUCCCGCCCUUCCGCGGCGGCCCCUUCAUGUACAUCGACAAGCUCGGCGCGGACCACGUCGUCAGCAGGCUCAAGGCGCUCGAGGCGGAGCACGGCGCGCAGUACGCGCCGCCCGAGAUCCUGCUCAAGCACGCCAAGGACGGCACGCCCUUCAUCUCCUCUGCGCCCGAGCCGGAGGCUUGAGCCCGCCCGCCGGCGUGUAUUGGUGUCUGCGCCGCCCGGCAAGGGUGUGCGCGCGUCUGCUGUCCUCGCUCCGAGCCCCCCUCCUGCCUCCACUGUUUCGUGUUUGCUCUUGAGAUGUGGCUCCUGUGCGCUUGGAGACGGAGGUGUGAAUUGACUAUUGUUGUCCUGGUUGUGGUUCUCUUGCCGUAUGUACGAACAGUCAAAACUCAAAUGAGAGAGUCCUGGAU